GUGGUGGAUGAUCUUAUCAUCGAUCGGUUCAUGGACACAGAUCCCAGACAGCCCGCAGACCGCAAGCUCCUUCCCUGUACGGUGGGCUACGUGGAUGGCUUUUGCAAGGUGCUCAUCAUGGAAUGGACUGAAGACGUGCUCAACCGGCCAGAGGUUCGAUCGCUAUUGAGAUCAUUCAGGUGGAUCCGCUGCAGCUACACCUAUGCUGAGAGCCCGACAUACCAUAGCCUCCUCAGUCCCAGCACUGCGGAAAGAAAUGCUUUGACUGUGCAAGUUGCACUUUUCUAUUUGCCAGGCGUGCCAUUGGAGAGCCUCGAUGGUGAUCUUGGAGGAGUCAUCAAGUCUGGCACCUCAGAGCCAUUGGAUGUCAACCGAAUUCCUUUCAUCUUGGAGGUGCGAUCCCGGGAUGACCAUGGAGUUGUGUUGUGGGCGAACCUGACAAGCUCUGGCCUGCUUGGAGUUUCCCGCUACGAAUACCUCAUUACCUCAGAGUCGGCAACUGAAGGUGGCACCAAUGUCCUUUGCGCUUCUGUGGCCUUGGACAUGUCACCUCAGGGGCUUCAGCAACGGCUUGGCACUGCGGUGUAUGAGGCUUGCAGAACUGGGGCCUUGAACCUCCCACAGUUCCCCAACUUCGAGCCACUUGUCAAGGCCCUGCGGCAAGAUGCAACCUCAACCCCAGAGUUGAGCCUGAAGGUUACUGUGGCCAAACACGACAAGCUGUACAUCCUACGCUCCCUUGCACGUCGGUGGAUGGAGAAUGAAUCCACCAAAGAGUCUGCACACCAGGCAGUCCAAGAACACAACACUCGAUUCGAUGUUGAU